AUGUCGCUGCACGAGGAUUCUGAUCAGGACGGAGAUGAUAUUCCUUGGGGUCCAGAAGUAACUGAAGAUCUGCGUAUCCACUUGACGUCGAUCAAAGACACCAAUAAAAACCUUCGCAAAAAGGUUGUGGAUUUGUCUACACAUAUUGCAGGUAUCGAGGACAGGCUUAAUGUGCGUUUGACGACUAGUGAUCGCGAGCGUGAUGACAGUUUGCGAGUGGUGACAGAGAGUCUUAAUCGGUUGACUGCAGUUGUUCAGCGUCUAGAGGCAAGGGAUGCGACACCUCGGCAAUCCCAGUCACCGCAACGCAGGCAAGGUCAGUCGGGUGAAGAUUUUUCUGAUGUUUCUGAUGCUCGUGGAGGCCAUCGACGCCAACCACGUCGAGGUGUUGAGGUUCGCCAUGCUGCUGGCCAACGGCGCAACCAAGGUGGUGACGCUGCUCAGGAGGAUGGUGGUCUUGGUCGCAUAAAGGUGACCAUACCGGAGUUCUCGGGACGUUCUGAUCCGGAGAAGUACUUGGAGUGGGAGAUGCGGGUGAAUCAAAUUUUUUAUGGCCAUAACUACUCUGAAGAAAAGAAGGUCCGUGUUGCAUCCAUGGAGUUUACUGAAUAUGCUCUUGUAUGGUGGGAUAAUAAAAACCGUACAGGGGAGAGACCGGCAACAUGGGUUGAUCUGAAGCGUGUCAUGAGGGAGGUAUUUGUUCCUGCAUAUUACACUCGACAACUUCAUAGCAAGCUGCGUCGUCUUGUGCAAGGUACGAAAUCAGUUGAUGAGUACUACAAAGAGAUGCAAAUAUUGAUGAUCCGCACAGCUGUACGCGAGUCCCCGGAGGCGACCAUGGUUCGGUUCUUUGAGGGGCUGGAAGAAAAGAUCCGCGACCGUGUUGAUUUGAUGCAGUAUAAUGAUAUACAUGAGCUACUUCAUCAAGCGGGGCGCGCUGAACGUUGGGUUUUGGAGAAGCAAUCUGCGGAUAUUCGUCCAAGUUACAAUAGUGGGAGGCGUAGUUCUUCUCAUGUUGAUGAUGGUAAGUUUAAUGCUAAACCGGCUGUUUCUUCCAAGUCGAUGAGCAUUGAACAUAGCAAGGUAGCUGCUGCAUCAAAGGAGGUUUCUCAAUCUGCAUCAAGCACAUCUCAUCAUAGCAAUAUUAUAUGUCACAAGUGUGGAGGAAGAGGGCACAUAAUGCGUGAGUGUCCAAAUCGAAAGACGAUUUUGCUUGUUGACGAUGCAUAUAUUUCAGACUCUGAAGAUGAGAUGCCUCCACUUGAGGAUGAUACUACAAAUGAUGAUGGUACUGCCUUGGAUGCUUGGCCUGCACUUAAUGUGCCAAGUUUGAUGGCGCAUAAGGUCCAGCGUGAUGAUAUGGUCAUUGUUGAGCCCGGACAGCGGCGUAGUAUUUUUCAAACUGCAUGUACCAUCAAGGGAGAAAUUUGCAAGCUGAUUGUUGAUGGUGGCAGUGCAAGCAACAUGAUUAGCAAGGAUGUUGUGGAGUCUCUUUCUUUGCCUACAUGGGAGCAUCCGAAACCAUACUAUAUGCAAUGGAUCAAUAGUGUUGGCAAGUUGAAAGUCACCCAUAGAGUGAAAGUUCCUUUUGCCGUUGAUGAAUAUACUGAUAAAGUGGAGUGCAACGUUCUUCCUUUACAUCGACCCAAGUGCAGGCCCAGCUACAAGCCCAGCUACGCUAAGGAGGAGUACCAGGGCCCGCCAAGUUCCGGCCCGCCUACGUGA